CAAUGCACCGAAACUGUCGAGUAGUUUUGCUUCCGUGUCAUGUACUAAGAAACGUUGGAGGCGAUUUUUAACCGGUAAAACGUGAGUUUGCUGACAUGAGAGUUAAUGUUCACUGUUUUAUACGAGCUCCUUGGAACAUGUUUUUAGUUUUGUAAGCUUCUUCAUACCUGCCAGGAUGGAUCUUGGUAAGGCAAAGCUGCUCAGGACAGGUCUCAACACACUGCACCAAGCCAUCCACCCUGUGCAUGGGAUUGCUUGGACAGAUGGCAAGCAAGUCUGCCUAACAUCUCUCUACUUUAUCAACGGCGACGUGAAGUUUGGCGACACAAACGUCAUCGGGCAGUUUGAGCAUGUCUUCGGACUCUUCUGGGGCCCCCUGUGCUGCUCUGAUUCUCCCGCCUUGCUGGCUGUGCAGCACAAGAAGCAUGUUACCGUGUGGCAACUGCAGCUCAGUGCUCUUGAACAGAACAAGCUGCUGUGCACGCAGACCUGUGAGAUGAGCGAGCCUUUCCCCUUGCUUUCACAAGGCUGCGUUUGGCACCCUAAACUGGACAUUCUUGCUGUGCUGACUAAGAGAGACACCUCUGUGCUGUUUUCUGUCAGGGUGGACAACAGAAGAAUCAAAGCAGAUAUCAAAGGUAGUGGACUCAUCCACUGUGCAUGCUGGACUAAGGAUGGCACACGCCUGGUGGUGGCUAUAGGCAGUGCCCUUCACUCCUACAUCUGGAAUGACAUCCAAAAGAGUCUGGUGGCCUGUUCCUUCUGUCCCAUCUUUGACGUGGGAGGCUAUAUCUGUGCCAUUGAGGCCACCGGGGAAGCUCAAGUAGCUGUGGCUACGGAGCUGCCGCUGGAUAAAUUAUGUGGGUUAAAUUCUGGCAUAGCGUUUGACGUACCAGCAGAGACAGAGGCCCUGCACGGCCAUGGCUCUCACAUGUCAGAUGAUGACAGCCUUCUGGAUUCGAGGAGAAGAUCCUUCGAAUCUGAAAGGUCCUACAUCCCUAGCUCAGGUCCUCUUGAUAUUACCCAUCUUCUGGCGAGACACCGUCGCUCUGACCCCAGCCCCCUUAUCCAUUUGCGUCGCAGGGACACUGUAACAGGCUCCGGGCAGGACUCCUCGCACCUCAUUCUGGUUACCUAUGAGCGAAAGGUCACCAGCACUCGUAAAGUCAGCAUUCCAGGGAUUUUGGUCCCAGACAUUGUGGCUUUUGAUCCCCGUGGUUCCACAGUUGCUGUUGCAUCAAACACAUGCAACAUGGUUCUUGUGUACUGCAUCACAGCCUCCACGAUGCCAAACAUACAGCAGAUCUCUCUGCAGCAGAACGAGAGACCCAAAGGAGUCUGUUUCCUCAGCGAUAAGAUUUUACUGUUGAUGGUGGGUCGCCAGAAGUCCAACGACCCCGCCUUCCUCCCAUCUGCUAACACUGACAAAUAUAUUCUUCAUCUCAUAGCCAAAGAGUUGAUCUACGAUGGAGAGUCGCCUAUGUCUCCUAUCAUACCAUCCUCCUCUGCUCAGAGCCAUGAGUCCACCUCUAAUUUCUGCACAGGGAUUAGGAGGCACUCAGAGCACCUGUCAAAGGAUGACAGAGAGCGCCCAGGGAUAAAAGACUUGAUACUGCCUGGAAGGGGGGUAGUUUGCUCACCGGGGAACAGGCGAAGAUUGGUCGAGGAGGUGAGAAGCAGCGAGCACAGCCCCAUCACCAGCUCUGUGGACUUAUCAGACAGAGCCCUGUCCAGUGCCUCUUCAGUUACAGUGGAAAACUUUGACAUGGACCACAUCAGCCGCAUGGCCAGCCUGGCGGUGGCCGGACAGGUCAGCAGAGAUUCCAGCCGAGCCAGUUCUCCUCGCUUCGAACCAUCUGACAAGAUGCACACAGAGCCGACGCUGCCUAUGCCUGAAAAGACUCCCGGCAAGGCCAAGGAGCGUGCGCUGGAGCAGCUCGUUCACAACAUGGAAAGACUUUUUACACGCUUUGCAGAAGUGCAGCAGUGCCUGACAGAAAUCAGAGAUUACACUCAGAAUGGCAAAAAGGCCCCAAGUGUCUACCCUAAUGCCAGCGAACCCCCGUAUGUCAAUGUCACAUGCCAGAAGCAGUUGUCAGAAAAUGUUUUUAUUGACGAGCGGAGGCCGGUGCUGCUGUGCGACGGGAAACUGUGUCUGCGUGCGCUCCAAGACCUCUUCAACCUUACCAUUGUGGAGAUGAUGUAUGGACCGUUGUGGGUUGUACUUGUGGCAGAUGCAGAUGGCUUUGUCCCUCUGACAUUUAAGCCUAAGGAGGAGCUCACGGUGCGGAACGGGAAGCGGAAAUCAACCCUGCGGACUCCCGGGAGUCCAGAGAACUCUUGCCCAUCCAGUCCAGCCCCCAGCCAAAGCCCCAACACAACCACAGAGGCCUCCGUGUAGCCACUCCUUACGCACAGUUCAAUAUAUGGACUCACAAAACAAUGUCCCUCUGUUACCAUGAUGUAUUCGACUGUCAAAUGGACCGCAGCUGUAUGACAAAAUUACUCUUGUGUGUGUUGAAAUGACAGCCGUUUGACAAGAGAUGCUCAUUGCACUCCAUGCAUUGUUUACAUUUUCUUCUUUUAAAAAAACAAAACCUGUGCAGUUCAUGUUUUUGCUGAAGCAGGACGUGCUGAUUAGCAGUCCAGCAACAGCGGCGAGUACGUUUUAGAUAUGUUUGGGACAUGUUUCUGAUUGUUCUGACGUCUUAUAUGAACAAAUGGAGGCUAAUGGUCUUUUUUUUUUGAA